AUGUCUACUCUUCAAAACCAGAACACCAAGUCUCAAGCAGUCAAGAUAGAAAGUGCUCAGACAGGACUGGCAAAACAGGAAGCCUCAAACGGUGGCAAAGAAAACGCUACACCACGUGGGUCAAAUGAUUUUGUCGGAAAUGACAGUCACUCCAAUCCCAAUGCCCUCGAGCAAGCAGAUGCACAUGAUAACUGCGAUGCUGAUUGGGAGGUAGUCAGCAGCGCCCAGUGUGGCGAAAAAGACAGCAAUCAAGUGUUCCAUGGGCAUACAGGACAUUUUAGCGUUGAUGUGGGUUGGGGUAAACGAAAAACAUCGGCUGUAUUCUAG